AUGGCUGUUCUCGAGCCUUACAAGGGUGGCUAUUAUCUCUGGAAGUACAUACCGUCUCUUGCGGCGGCGGUCAUAUUUUUGUUACUUUUUAUUGCUGUGACGGUAUAUCAUUCAUGGAAGCUCUACAAAACAAAAGCACGCUUCUGCAUUGCGUUCGUCAUUGGUGGAAUAUUUGAGAUUAUUGGAUACAUUGCUAGAGCAGCCGCCCACAACAAGACAGGGUCGCUUAUGCCCUACUCCAUACAGAGCGUAUUCUUGCUCCUUGGACCAACACUAUUUGCGGCAUCCGUCUACAUGGCUCUGGGCCGAAUCAUCCGCUGCGUACGUGCAGAGAAAUAUUCUCUGAUUCGAAUCAACUGGCUCACCAAGGUCUUUGUCAUGGGUGACGUCCUCUCAUUUUUGGUGCAAGGUGGAGCCUCCGGCUUAAUGGUAUCGGGCAACAAUGCAAAACUGGGCUCCAACAUUGUUGUGGCCGGUCUCGUCAUUCAAGUUCUCAUGUUCUGCUUCUUCAUUGUCACCUCGGUGGCAUUCCAAGUUCGCAUGAAUCGAUGCCCGACUCCCGAGUCUUUUGAUGAGCGGUUCAAGUGGAAGAGCCAUCUUCGAGUGCUCCAUGCCAUCAGCUUGUUGAUCUUAGUUCGAAGCCUUUUCCGUGUUGUUGAAUAUGUGCAGGGCAAUGAUGGAUAUUCAUUGACGCAUGAGUGGACUCUCUAUGUGUUUGACUCCACGUUGAUGUUUGCGGUUAUGCUUAUUUGGGCAAUUUGGUACCCCGGGGACCUACAAGGAUUCCUCAAACAGAACCUGCCCCUCACCAGUCUAGGGAGCUUUGGUCGGGAUGUGGAGUCUAGACAGGACUAUAAUACUUAA